UCUCUCUCUCUCUCUCUCUCUCUCUUCCCCCCCCCCCUCUCCCCCUCUCUCUCUCGACAUGGACACGGACAUCGCUCGGAGCUCGCACCCAGGCUCGCCGUCCAGUGAAAGUAUCAGAUGUUGCGCCGCAUGAAGAGGAAAGACGUUCUGAGUCACAUGCGAAUCGGAUCGACGAGUGACGCAUCCGCGGAUCGAGCAGCGAUAAGCGGAUAAUUCUCGCGAGGCGACGGCCUCGCGCAACGCAUGGACUCCGUCCAUGUUCGUACGCACGUGUGUGUUUGCGUAACGCUCCGCUGACGAAGCAUGCAUUUAUCCUUAAAGCCGUAAGACCGCAUCGAGAAGUCGCGCGGAACGGCGAUGGAGCUCUUUACGAAAAUGUCAAUUACACCGCUCAUCGGUUAUUCUUGAACGUUGAGUUUCAACAGUGCUGUUUCGAGGAUAUCAGUGAAUCGAGGAUCGCGGUGGAUGGAUUUUAUCGCCAGUGCGAGUUCCACAUACCGUGUUUCACAUACCGGUGAUUCGAAAAGAUGCGCCGAAAGAUGCAACGGCUGUGCAUCUCGCUGCUGACUCUGUCAGUUUUAACCGGAGCCCGUCCGGAUAAUAGGUACGAUCAGACAUCGAUUUACUACACGGAACCGACGAAGCUGAUGAACACUAGCGGGGCGUACAAUAAUUGGAACAACGGCGGUCUUUACGAGCUUCACGACGGCCGCAUUGUCCGAGGUCAGAGAUUGUUGUCGAGAUCGAAGAGCCCAUACUUGCUGCGAGAGGAUCUGUUCGUCGAGAGGGACGGCGAGCUCGUCAUAGAGCCUGGCGUGGAGAUUCGUUUCGGCCCAAUGGUCGGCAUCACCGUCCGCGGUAUCAUAACCGCCGAGGGCGAAGCACACGCGCCAAUUCUGCUGACCGCGGUGGAAGUAGAAACGCAAGUUCCGGCACUUCGAACAUCACCCACGAUACGCCUUGUUGACGGACCGAGUCCACUAGCUGGAAGGCUGCAGCUCCUUCAUCGAGGUACCUGGCGUUCCGUCUGCACGAAUUCGCGAAAUUGGACUCGCGCGGAUUUGGAGACAGCGUGCCGGCAGCUCGGUUAUCAGGGCGGUCAGUGGUGGUCAUGGAUCGACAGACAAUGGCCAUCCAAGCCGCGUCUUCUCUACGAGGAACCAGGCUGUCGUGGCACCGAACCCUCGCUGAUGACCUGCGAUCGUUGGUCAGAGAGAGAAUUAGGCGCCGGGGUUUGCGAUUAUCAUCCGGAUCUGGGUAUCUCUUGUCUACCUCGUCACGACGGUGCGACCAAAGCGAUCAAGCAUUGGCGAGGAAUACGAUUUGAGGACGCAGUAUACGAUAGACAGCUCAUUCAACAGAAUACGCUUUACGUUCGUCAGUCGCGAUCCAUUCUGCGGAACACGGUGAUCGAAUACGCUGGGACCGGGAGGGAAUACAACAUAACGUCGGCGAUUCACGUGAAAGGCGUGCCACCGAGAAUGGAAUCGAUUUCUGUUCUCCAUUCUGCCCUCACGGGUAUCAACGUCACCACGUCGGACGCACCAGUUGUGAUAAAUAAUUGUACUAUACAAUAUAAUCGAGGAUAUGGAAUUUAUAUAAAUAGCUCAAUUGGUAUGGCGCAUAUCAAUAAUUGUACGGUGCUCGAAAACGGAGCAGACGGAAUAAAGUAUAUACACUUGGAUGAACGACCGGAUGAUAAACUGGACCGUAACGACGUCUACGACUUGUGUACCUUUCCAACAACGGCUAGUCAAACUUUCCCCGUCACUAUAUCUAUGGAACAGAAUAAAUACGCACCUAAUGUAAAACGAUGUCCACAACACAUCUUUACGAGGUCGGGCCAUGUCUUGACAGUGCACUUCCUGCAAAUGAAAACCGACAGAAACGAUAGCGCCAUCAUAGAAGUAUACGAUGGUAUAAGCAGAGCGGAGAAACUCUUAGCCAGUGUAAAAGUCAGAAAUGGAACGUUACCGCAGAGUGUGACCUCGACGCGUCACAAUCUCUUCGUGAAAUUUAUUGCCGAACCUCGAACGAACACAAUUGUAUUUGUGCGAGUGUCGUCAGGUUACAAGAAAACAUGUGAUUUAAACGUGACUAGCAGUAUAAUAACGGGCAAUAAUGGCCGUGGCAUCGUCGUGGAGAAGCUGAGAUCCGCCUUGCACAUCCAUGAGACUUCAGUAUCGAAUAACGAUCAUGUGGCGGGCGUACAUGUGCUGGGUGGCGCGAUGGACGUUAAUAUCACCGAUAGCCGUAUCUCGUUCAACCAAGGAGACGGCGUUAAUAUCACCGUUACAGGCGGCAAUUGUAACAUAUCACGCAGCAGUAUAUCAUCUAACAGCGGUUAUGGCUUCGUGGUAUGGUUAAACGAUAGCCUCUCCACCGAAUACGUAUAUUUCAAUCAGUCGACUGUGAUCGAGUACUCGCAGAUAUUUCGCAAUAAGGACAUCGGUGUUCUGAUCGGCAAUUCAACCGGCAACUCGUAUGUGAAUGUAACUGGCAACUGGUUUAACACGAGUCUUGAAACAGCUCUGCAAGUGGAAUCUAGUUGGAGGAAGGACAAUGGAUUAAUGAGAGUUCAGAUCGGGCAUAACUUGUUCAUAAAAAAUGCGAAAUUAGGAAUUAAGCUUAGCCCAGCGCUUAAUCUCGAUGCUGUUAUAGAGUACAAUCAUUUCAGAGGUCAAGCGAACGGCGCGAUUCUGAUAAAAAAUCCUCUUUACGAAGAGUUUAAUGUCUUGCCCGCAGAUGUCGUGAUUCGACAUAACGAGUUCUAUAACAAUCGGGGUACCUUUGUAGUCAGCAUCGGUUUAUCACCUUACAAUGACGCGCAAAAAUUAUUGUUCACAAGGAAUUUUCUGCGAGAAAAUCGUGUUCGGGAGCUGUUUGACAACGGCGAUAUGCUAAAUAUCAAACUGAUACCACGCUCCCGGGUAGCCGCUGUCAUCGUCAUUUCCUCGGGCAACGUCGAAGUUUUUCGUAAUAUUUUAUACAAUCCCGAGUCACGUUACGAGAUCGGCUCUCAUUUAGAAGAUCAGAGUAAAGUUAUCAAUUGUACAUAUAAUUGGCUAGGAUCCGGAGAAGAGAAGAGGAUAUUUGAUCGAUUAUUUCACAGAAAGGACAGAUACAAUCUAGCGAAGAUCGAAUAUCUGCCAUACUUGUUGCACAGCAGCAAUCCUGGUGCGAAUACCAUCAUCCCAAAUCCGACGUUUGUGCCGCAGUUUGUUACGCCUGGCACGAAUCUAGUCGGGGGUGAGGUUGACGGCCAAGAGGAACUAAAAGCCGGAGAAUACAUCGUCGAACGUGAUAUCAAUGUAAGACCAGGCGGCAAGCUAACGUUGCAACCGGGCGUUACAUUACGCUUCCCACCGUCCGUGGGAAUGAUGGUCGCUGGUAAAUUCGACGCGCGCGGCAAAGGGCCCAGCGAUAUCUUGUUCACUCUCAAGGAGGAACUCGCUGUGUUACCAAAUAACGAUACUCUCGCGAUGGAAAAUACGAUUCAAACUGAUGAGACGGAAUCCGUGCCAGUGAGACUUCUCGGUGGAAAGACGAAUCUCGAAGGGAGACUGCAGAUAAAAAUUGAAAAUAAAUGGGGUACUGUGUGUAACUAUGGAUGGACGAUUCUGGAUGCGGCGCUGGUUUGUCAUCAAUUAGGCUUCGUCCUCGACUUUGAGAAUUGGCUUAUGGAGCGAGCGCAAAUUCCGAACGCGGGAAUCAACGAGGAUAUACUCCUCAGCAAUGUUCGCUGUACCGAAUAUGACAAUGAUAUAACUAAGUGUCGGGCGGAAAGGGAACAGGAUUUCGAAAACUCAUGCACUCAUGCGAACGAUGUUGGCGUCAGAUGUUUGGAAGCGGCAUGGGCGGGACUCAGAUUGGGACCACUAGCUCAAAGAAGCGACUUGCAAUACUUAACGAUUGAAAAGGCGGGCUUGUUAGAUUAUAAAACAAAUUCGUUCAAGCCAGCUUUGCAAAUCGACUUUGCUCGGCAUUCCCUGGACGGUGUGAAGAUCUUUAAUAAUCUACAAGAUGGCUUGGGAGUUUUAUAUUCGGACAUAUAUUCGGCAGAUGCAAUAAAUACCGUGACGAAUAGCGACUUCUCUCAAAAUGGAGGGAAUGGCAUCAGCUUCAAACAAUUAGGCAUGCGGAUAAUCAACUCGCGAAUCGAAAAUAACAAGGUCGCAGGAAUAAGGCAUAAUCCUGCUCUCUCCGCUGUUCAACAGAGAGAAUUCGCAGGCUGGUUCCUUCACGCGCCGGACUACACGAUCGACUCGCCGUAUAAUCCAAUAAUCUUACCGGAAAUGAACGAAAAUAUCGAACUCGCUAACGGAGAAACCAAAUACAUCAUAACGACUAAAGCAAUUGACAAAUUUAUCCGUCGUACUAUCGACAUUAAAUGCACGCCAGGCUAUGUGAUCGGUAUCCAGCUACUGAACCCAAUAGAGAAUCGAAGUACGGAACAGAUUAUACUUCACGAUUCACAGCAUUUUGACAAGAAUCAGACCAUUUGGCAUGUAAAACGAGAUCUGAGUGUUUUUCCCGUUUCAUCCAGCUCCUUUGUAAUAAUUUUGGAAUACGAGAGUGGUAAGAAUGCCCUUGGUGGAGCUGUUAUGGUCGUUACAUCGCUCUUAGCUCCAAUACAGAAUAUUCGCAAUAAAAUAGUCAGUGGCCCUAUUCCUUCACUGAUAGUCACAAAGACAAGGAUCAAGAGCAAUCAGAAAGGCGUGCUCGCAUCCUACUAUAAUCGAUAUCUGAAUGAGAUCGGAGAUCAUUUCUUACGAAAAGCUAACGAAACCAUUCAGCUGAUUGGAUGUGAAAUAUCGCACAAUCAUGAAGAGGCCAUUUACGUGUAUUCGCCGCAUUGGAAUAUCUUCCAAUCCAACCUGUCCGAAAUCUCGAUUCAUAUAAACAAUAGCUUGAUCACAGACAAUGGUAAAGGGAUACAUCAAUUUAGCCGCGAUGCGAGACACUCCAACAAUCUCUUCCAUUGGAUAAUGCAGGAUAGCACCAUUGAAAGAAAUCACGGCGGCGGAUUUGAGGUCUUGCUACCGGACGUCUGGGAAUAUAACGAGAACUUCACGCAUUCUCUAUACUUCGGAAACAACACUUGGCGUAACAACGAACAGUUCGGUUUCGUGGUGAACGGACAUUUUGCGCAUCUUAACAUGUCCUACAAUCAUUUUGAUAACAAUCGCUGCAAGACUGGUCUAAUAUCCGUGCGCGGAAUGGAGAAGAGAAUCAGAAUCGACAACAAUCAUAUCGAGAGUAACGUCGGCACUUACAUGAUCGAGUUUCGGGUGGACAGUCAGUCCGAAAUCCUCGGUGAUGUCUAUGCGCGUUUUUAUUACAACGAGAUCAAGCGGAACGCGUACGACCUCGUCGGCAUGGGACGACGCCGAAUGUUCGACGAUCCCAGUUACGUCGUCGGUUUUCAUGGUAUACAGAAAGUACGGGUGAAUAGAAAUCUCUUCGGCGAGAACUCGCUGGAUUACGAGUUAUUGGCGGGUAUUAAGACGGCCAAGAUCAAUAAUGAAGUGGAUGUCAUGGAAAAUUGGUGGGGUACUGCCAAUGACACCAAAAUCAGACAAAGAAUUUUCGAUUUCGACGAUUGGAACGAUCAUGCUGUGGCCAACUACCGGCCAUACUUGAUAAGCGAUUCGUUUGACGCGUCCAUUUCCGCGUCGUGGCAUAUAAAUCGAGAGAUCAACUUGAACAAUCUAGGUGGUCGCAUAGUGGACAGUCUAUCACUGCACGCAAGACCCGAACCCUAUAUCGUACGUUCCGAUAUCACAGUCAUGCCGGAAGCUACUCUAUACAUUUAUCCCGACGUCGUAAUGGAGUUCGCUCCCAACGUUGGCAUCUUAGUUCUGGGAACGCUGAAAGCCAUCGGCGUGUCCGGUCACGAGAUCAUAAUGAAACCAAUGAAACGAAUUGAUGCGAGCGCGAAUUCUACGUUCUCCAAGCCGACGCCGAUGAGGAGUUCUGUCAAUCUCAUGUCGAUGCCGGACGAGACAAUUCGUCUGUGCAAAGAUGGACGAUGCUCCUCAUUGCACAACGAAGGAUUCCUAGAGUAUUUCAAUAGAACGACUCUUCAAUGGAUCCCCCUCUGUGACGAUCGAUUCACCGAGCGCAAUGCCCAAGUGGCAUGUCGACAAUUGGGUUACGACACCCUCAAUGUCUACGUGUCGUACGAUCGUAGAUAUGAGCUUCAUCCCGGAUCGUUAACGCGCGUCUGGUCUUGGCCCGAACCUCUGCAGUGUUCUGGAAAAGAGCAGAGUCUCGAGGAUUGUCAGAUCAGAUUGAACGGUCAAUUAUUCGGUCACCGUCAUGAAUGCCCAUGGGAUGGGAAAUUUGUUUUCUUACAUUGCGGCAAGCGGAACUUGGACGACGCAUAUGAUUACUGGGGCGGUAUACGCAUCGCGAACAGCGAAUUCGAGCAUUAUCUAUACGAGCAUCGCAUCCACGAUGUCGUGACACACGAAACUGUCAGACGCGUCGAAUCAAUUCUUCGAUAUAUCAAUAUAACUGGCGCUGGAAUUUUGCACUACGAAAAAUUAUCCGCUGUACAAUCAAUCAUGAAAUCUCCGGCAGUGAUGCACGUCAAUAUAGAUCGCAGCGCUUCGCAUGGUAUCAAUGUCGUAUCUCCAACGCAUACGGUGGAAUUAUUAUUCAAUACGAUUGACAAUGUCCUUGGCAACGGCAUAAAUAUACUGUCCUUGACGGGAGAAGGUCGCGAAGCAGACGAGAGCUCAUUCACGCCUAUUAAGUAUCUUAAUAUUCCUUAUCAUUUAUUCAGCAUGGUCGACAUAUGCGACACCGCGAAAGAAAUCACGAUCGAGGAGCGCGUAAUUGUUUACUACAAAUAUGACAAUUAUCCUGUGAAUUGCGUGAAGAUCUUUCGCAGUACUUAUAGAGCCAAGCCAUUUGGAUUUAGACUUUUACAAUUUAAUCUUUACAACUCGACUGGCAAGCCAGGUCGUGCCGAUGGUAUAACUUUAUACGACGGAGACAUUUAUAAUAUCACCACCAAGAAGAUAGGCCAUUUAGAAGUCAAUACUCCCGAUGAGAAGAAAUUAUUCAAAACGAAAAAUCCUAGUCUUAGCAUUCGAUUAUUCGCCAACGGUGCCAGUAAUGUGCAUGGAUUCAUCGCGGAAAUUAUAACUCUUCCAAUAUCUGCUAUUGGUUUUAAUCGUGACGUGCAGCAUAAUAUUUCCUACUCUGUGAUAUCUCACUGCCGCGAAGGCGCCGUAAAGUAUGCAAGUGUCGGCGAGGUGAACGCUAUAAUGACACUCGAGCGUAAUAAAUUUGUGGAUAAUUGUGAAAAACUAUAUGGUAAUUUUACCACAUGUAAAUCCGCAAUAUGGCUCGACGUUCAGAACACGCAAUCGCUCUAUUUCAGAAACAAUUUGAUACAACGAAAUCAAGGCGGUCUUUCCAUCCGUGCCGAUUCGAGAGGUUCGGCAACGUCUCUCAAAGGAUGGAUUCACAAUAAUCUUUUCACGGAAAAUUUCAACAAACCUGCAUUAUAUGUCGAGGGUCGUCAGAGCAGCCCGUACCAAGAGGUGACAAUAUUUAGGAAUUAUUUCACGAAGAACAGGGCUCCCUACGAUAACAACGUCAUUUUGAAACAAGUAGUCAGCAACAUGACACUUAAUUAUCUACACGGAAACCUUGGUAUGCACUUGUUGGAGAUUUCGGGAUUCGAGAAGGUUCGCUUACCCAUUUACCAAAGCACGUCUCACAAUGGCUUCUACAAAAACUACGCAGUCGAUCGCGAAGGCCGUAGCACUAUCAUUGCCGGUACACCCGGUCAGCAAUAUGUCGACAAUGUGUUCUUUAAUCCCGAUAACGAUUACGAGAUGCUCACGACGAACAGAUCCCAACAAUUGGAAAUGUGGAAGUCUCACAUAGACGCACGGCACAAUUGGUGGGGCUACAAUGAAACGUUGGCGGUGGCCGGACGUAUUAGAGAUCGCGGGGACUCACCUGAGUUAUUGCAGGUGGAUUAUCAACCUUUCCAUAUGAACAAUAAGUCCGUAUUAACCGGCAAGUGUCCGCCAGGUUGGGACCUCGUCGGUGAUACUUGUUAUAUACUGAUCGGUGCACCAAUGGAUUUUUAUAGCGCGCGAGACUUUUGCAGAUCGGCAAAUGCGUCGAUGCCGUUCAUCAUGGGGGAUUAUCUGCAGCUGUGGAAAUUCGCGCGCAAGCAACAGGAACGAUUCGAUUAUUCAGAGCGUGUGUGGGUGCAACAACUUGAACGCGUGGAUCAAUGCACGGCGUUCACGUAUCAGACUAUUGAGAUCGAUCAUUGCGCGCAACCCAAUCCAUUCAUUUGCGAGAUUGAUCCCAAAGUCAACAUCGAUCCCCUGUCGUGGAGGAAAGAUAUCGUUGCGGUGGGUGUUUUGGGAGCUAUUGGUGUCGCACUCGCACUGCUGACGGCGGCUAUCGCAUUGUGGGCAUCCAAGUCAAAGAAGCGUAAACUCGAGAGACUGGAACGGCGUAAUUCUAUUAGACAAUCGUUACAUUCCUUACGAUCAGUCGGCUCUACAUCCGGCUUCACAGAGCUCGCUUAUCGACGAAAACCGAUCGCGACGAAACAGUCCACAGAUACGCUGAAUUCAAAUUACAAACGCAUGUUGAACGGCGGCAGCCUGGAUUCGAUGGACAAGUCACAACUGAACUCCUCGAUAGAAGACAAUCAGAGUUACGACGUGUACGAAGCUCAUAAUCCGCGGUACUCGCCAAGCACGAGCGACUUUAAGAGCACAGCACAGAAGUAUAGUGCAGCGCAAAGCGUCGAUAAUCCGGUCUUUGAUCUGGCAUAUCGCAACGAGGGCUUCCGCAAUCAUUCCACUUUUGCGGCGAGAAACGGUGCAGAAACGGCCACUGUCGCUACCGCCAUAAACUGGCCGUCGCAGCCGAACGUGCAGUCGACCUCGGUCGACGAGAGUCCCAUGGUAUAUCCUAACAACGAGAGCUCGUCGUAUCUCAACAACACAUCCACAUUACCGCUGCACUCCAGUAUCGCGCUUACCGACUCCUUGAGUGAACUGAAACGCGACAUCGAAUCGUCGGCUGCUUACGAUCCCGUGGAUUAUGAUAUAAGACGCACCUAUGAUACGGCCACGUUAACGCCGAGUCAAGCAUCCGAGCCCGUUCCGGAAUACGCGUCGGACUUUCAGCCAUCAAUACCACCGCAUCCUUAUCAUUACGAAUCCGAAAGCAGACCUAAAAGUGAGGCGUUGCUGGAGACUAAUUUUGACACAGGCGAGGAGAAACCGUUACGCUCGAAGAGCGAGGUCUUACUCGAGACUAAUCUGGACGCUUUUCUAGUCAACGAGCCCACGGAACUCACGCAACUAUCGACGGUCGCACGAAGCAAAAGUCAACCGUUAGAGACAGCGAUGUAACUCCGCGGAUGUUGGCAUUUAAACCAGUGUUGUCCAUUUUCGGGCACAAUCAAAGCGUGUGCCAAAUGUCUCCUAGCGAGAAGCACUGCCAGCUAUUGCACAAUAAGAUUUUCAAUCGGUUGCAAUAUAUUGCCGAUUUAAACAACACGUGCCAUUUCCAAUAAUCGCGAACUGGAUAUUGGAAUACACGCGCACAGUAAAUCCUGAUAAAACAGACUGGAAA